AGGAUACAGACUCCGCACCAGCAGAAGAACUCCCAGAAUGAGACUACGCCCGACUGGCCGUCACUUCGCUUCCACUUCAGUUUCAAGCGCAAGUCUACCAACGUUUACGGUCACAACGAGUUCGACAUGAUCGCCGAGCCCACCGUGUCUAAAGACGGCGCCAGGGUGCUCUACGACGUCUUCGCCACGUUCGCAAAGGGCUCUACGACGUUCAACUACACGCUGGUCGACGGGACCGCCUAUUUGUCAAGCAGUUCAGGCACGACCACCGCUCCGAUGACGAAGUGCUUGGAGUCAGAGUCUAGCUCUCUCCCUCCGAUCAACAAUAUCGUGGCUGCGCUGAAUGGAGCUACAGAGGCUUCAAGUGAUCCCCACGGUGUACAGUGCUCGACAGGUCGACUGUACAAGGCCUCAGUA